AUGGACCAGGACGAGAACAAGAGCGUCUCUAAAAAGACCAUAAUCGCAAAGAUUUUCAAAGUUCGCAAGAGGAGAGAGAUGCUUUUCGUGCAAGUGUGUUUUCUCUGCAGUGUCCUCUUCAUGGCGUGGAGCAUGUCAGCACUUCUGACAAAGACAGGUGAGUGUGAGCGGUGGAAACUGCUGAUAAACGCGGGGCAGGGAGGACGAAACAGCUGAGAAUUCUGCAGUGUAAUCGUGCACUCUAUAACCAGCAAGCCAUUAACUACAUAGUCUACAGAUAAUUGUCUUUCGCCACGGUCAUGAAAAUACAUUUUCAAGGACAUGCAAGCGGAGCAUUCAGUCCAAAUCAUUUAUGGUGCCCCCCCCCCCCCAGCAUUUCCGGAUAUUUAUCUGCAUUAAACCGAUGGAGAGAUAAGAUGGAACCACCGAUAGCGUGCAGGGUUAUUACUCUUAAUUAUUCAGGGAAAAAAGCGUAACGAAUGUUUUAUACCAGUGUCGAGAGAAACUGCAUUUAGUCUCAAUGUCGACGCAGUGGCUGUAGCCUGGCCUGUUUGCCUCUGCAUGCUGUUAUUACAGAACUCUCAUGUACCUGUUAAUUGUGAGGAAACCUUCUCGGCAAUAUGGAUCACACUGAUAUCAUAUUUCUCUUCCUCGUUUUCGAGUAUGAGUCGGUCUGUCCAUAUGCCGCAGUGUGCGCAGCGGCAACGACACGUUUCUAAGAGAAGCGGGCACGGUGGCUAACACACAUUGACAAGCAUGUAGCAGCCUACAUCACCGCGGAUGAAUCAUGGAACCCCACAAAUAUUUUAAAGUUGCUUAUGUGUUUGUUGGUCGACAUUUGGUUUGAGCGUUGACAUCCUACGGCAAAACGUGCCUGUGCCAGGCGCAUCAUCAGUCACCCAGCGGUUGAGAGAAAGGGAGCGAGUGAGCGUAGGCUUGUGGUAAUACUGGCAUCAUUGCGUCUCGCCCGGGGCUUUGCACACUGGAACACCUUAAUCACUUUCCAGCAUCAUGCUCCCUGGUUGCGCAAGGAGUUGGAGAGAUACGAUUACGCAGAGGCCGUAGAAGAUUAGACACUCAUUUGGGACAUUACCUAAACAUGAGGAGGAGUGCUCUCUCUCUGGCUAAUAAAUUAUUCACAGCUGCUCAGAGGUGUGCUCUGUGUAAACUUGUACGUUUCAGAUGGCUUACCAUGCAUGAUGUGUGUGUGAGAGAGAGACAUGCCCAAGAACCAAAGGACCCCCAUGCACUUGUUGUAAGACUCACCUCAGGCGUGUGUGAACAUUUACAUGCUCACAUAAUCAGAUUUUCCCACACAUUAGGAUGAUGUAAUCACACAUUAGGAUGAUGUUGGUAUACCCGAGCCGUCAAGGUGAAAAAUCUGUAUAUGUGCCCUUGAGCAAGGCACUUAACCCUAAUUUGCUCCAGGGGCACCGUACUACUAAGACUGACCCUGUAAAACAACAUAUUUCACUGCAUCUAUCCAGUGUAUGUGACAAUAAAACAUUUGUUAUUUAUUUUUAUCACACAGACAAGUAGCCCUGUAAGUUGGCUUUUGAACAGAACAUCAUAUGUAUGACUGACAAGUCCCACUGAUAAGCACUCUGUCACUCAGACUGUCUUAAUCUCGUUCUGACACGAAUGGAGAUUUCACCAGAGAUCAAUUACAAAUGACCAAUGGCUGUCAAAACCAUCCUACUUUGUUUAGACAGCCAUGUUUAGGAUGGACGCAAUAAGCUUGGAGAGCACACACCAGGUAACGCUCCAAUUUCAACAUUAAUAUAUUCACCUGACAUGUUUGGAUUCAGAGUAAUAGUAGUGUACAUAGGGGAUUUGCUGCCGGAGACUAGCAUAGGCCGUCCUCUCUGCCUGCGGUGAUCACGCAGGUAAGGGAUGAGCAAAAUCUGAUUUGUUCUCAAAAUGCUUUUAACCCUGGCCCUCCACCUCUCCUACCCAGUAGUAGAACAUGUCCAUCUGAUGUCAAUCACUCCGACCCUUGAACUCAGAAACUAAUAAAUCACCACACUAUGUUGUGUAGGCCUAUAUCAGCGUGCACGGAUAUAUUGGAGUUUUUAUUAAUUACAUUACAAACAACAAGAGGCUUAAAAGAUUAUUCUGGAAUGAUAUCAUGCAGACAAGCUCAUCUCCAAAAGGCUCUCUGGGGACCAAAGUAAAGGCUUUGGUCAGUAAUGGCUUGCCUUUAUUUUGCGUUUAAUCAAGGUUGCUGACGUGUGUGCCGUGAUUGUCGGCCAUAAGAGGGUAUUUGAUAAGAGGGCGUGCUGUGUGAACGCCAACCAUGAUGGGACAUGUAACAUGUUUGACCGUCACCUUUUGUGAGGUGAGGCAGGUGUUUGAUCAGAGAGAAAUAUAACCCCUCACCUCCCCUGUACUCAUCCCUCACUCCCCCCCCCCCCCCCCCCCCCCCCGAACUCAUCUGACUGCUCUCAUUCCUGAACCACCAUAAGACUAGUAACCAGGCAUUCAUCAUUGCAUACUAUGCCUCUGUCCCUUCUCUGACUCUGAUGGGAGUACUCCAGGGUUGGUUAUGUCUGUGACAAAUGUAGUGCCAAGCUGAAUGGGCCAGAUUAAUGGGAAUUGAGUGAUGGACUACUUAAGGGUUAUGCCCCUCUGUUCUAUCAAGGAUGGCAUCUCCAUCGUCUCUCACCCUCCAUUUUGAGGGUGUAUGUCUCCAUGAUGGAAAAGGUAGAGUACGGUUGACAGUGGUUACAGAGCUAGGGCCAGGCCCCGGUCUGACAGGUGUGUGUGUUGUAGGGUGAUGUUGAUUGGGGGAGAGGUGGCUGGGACAUCAGGGCAGGGAGGCGGAGAGGAGCUGUGUUCGUGCGGGAGCCGCUCGUGGCACAGGAAGGUGGCAGAGAUUUAUAGGCAUCCUUGGUCCGUCUCCCUCGCCAGCUGAUUGGACCGAGUUGCAGGAUGAUUUCGCCCUCUGUUUCUCUCCGUCUCUCCGUCUCUCUCUUGCAGCAUAUUGCAGUCAAAGGUAGCUAGAUGCUCCUCUGUUUGGCUAAUGUCUUUGCGUUCUGCCUCAAGGCAGCAAAUUAGUUUGGGUUUUUAAGACUCUUUCUCUGUAACCUAGCUUGUUUUGCCUUGCAAUUUCCAUGGUUUCAUCCUGAGGCUUUUAUCUCCUAUUGAAUUCAGACGUUGUAACGCAUCUUAAUUGUCUUACCUCAAAGCUCAAGUCUGGUUGGUCUGUUCUGUUCUUUUCAAUGACUUGACCAACAAUCAAUAUCCAAAGGGAAAGGUUAGUUAGUCAUUCGGUUAAGACUGUAAUCAUUUUCUGUUGGUGGUUGAAAUCAGUGAGCCUAUAAUCUAACUGCGGUCCAACACUGAGAGCCUGCAAAUCUGGGUUAUUUGCUCAUUAAAAUUUCAUUCAAAAGCUCCUGAAAACCUUUGAGAAAUGACUGAACAAAAGCCACAAACGUCAGAAGUUGGCUGUGUGUAUGGGUGAUUUGCAUCCAGUAAUCAGGAAUUAAACAUUCUCAUUUUGUAUUCAUCCCACUAAAAACCCUUGAAACAUUCAAACCUGAAUGGAAGGGGGAAAUGUAAUUAAAUCCACUCCAUCGUACAAUACGAUUUAUUAUCCAUUGUGGUAGAAAUGCAUAUCUAUCAGUUAAGCAUCGUAAUGAUUAACAUUAAGAUGGUUGACAUGAUUUGUGAAUGAAUCAGUGAUUUUUGAGCAGCUUUUUCAGAUACAUUGGUUAUGUCCGGUUCAGUGUUUACUCAGCCUCUUUGUAACGUGUGUUUUUUUGAUGAGCAAGGAUGCCUCUUUUUCUUUCUUACAGGGCAUGGAAUGAUCCUGGAGAACGGACACGAGAAGCACGAACAUUGGGGAAGGAGGCUCAUGGGACAUGAACCCGACAACGACAAUGAGACUGAGUCGAAGAACUGCACAGAGCCA